CCACCACUAUAUUAAUACUUCAUCAGAUAGCACAAGAGUUCCUGCAUAAUCAUCAAUCCUGCUCUCUCUUCUCUCUCUCUCUCUAGACUAUGGCUGAGGUCCAACAAAGUAACAACUCAUCAUCAGGGAUCAAGCUGUUUGGAGCUACCAUCUCAUUGAAAGAGAGUUCGAAAGCAAACAACGAUCGUCAAGAACCUAGGAAAUCCGAUCAAACGGUGGAUAAGAGGCCAGACAAGAUCAUUCCCUGUCCCAGGUGCAAAAGCAUGGAAACCAAGUUCUGUUACUUCAACAAUUACAAUGUUAAUCAGCCUAGACACUUUUGUAAGGGUUGCCAGAGGUACUGGACUGCCGGCGGAGCCCUCCGCAACGUCCCCGUCGGUGCAGGUCGCCGCAAAACUAAGCAGCUAUACAGGGGUCUAUCCCAGGCGGCGGCCGGUUGCUUGUUUGAUGCGUCGGCGGCCGGCGUGAAACAGUUGGAUUUCGACGCGGUGGAGGAGUGGCAAGCGGCGGAGCACCUUUUUAUGGCCAAGAGGAGGAGAUGCGCCUCCAGUGGUUGAUCAUGAUCUUCCAGUUUGUCUCGUAGUUCCAAGGAAAAAAAUUAAAAAAGAAAUUGCCAGUUGUCUAAUUAAGCUACUUGUUGUAUAUAUACCCCCGCCAUGUCCUAGCUAGUUGAUGAUUUUUAUAUCCUGUUGGUAGUUUUAGAAUCAAUGGCGUAUGCUAAUAAAGAUACAUGAUCAACGGUGGUCAUAUUGUCAUUGAUGAUGAACUGGUCCAAUGAAUACGGGAUCCCCGGUAUUUAUAAACCAA